AUGGCCCAAGACUCCAGCAGUGGAGGCGACGUGGAACAACGGGCGCCAUCCAGGGAGAAGAGACGUAUUUCUCGUGCUUCUAUGGCCACAAUCCCUGACGAGAAUCUGGACGAAUACGGCCGACUGGUCAAGUUCGUCUCUACGUAUCGGGAGCCUGGUGCGGAAGAAGAACAAGAAGAGGAAGGAACUGAAUUGAGAAGAGUUUGGUACGCCCCAUGGAGGAAAAGGAGAGUCCGCGUGAGAACGGAGGCAGACGCUGGGAAAUUCCCAGACGAGUGGCUCCUCACAGACAUCAAGCAAGGUCUUUCGUCUGAAGAGGUUAUAAACCGGCGUCGCCGCUCCGGAUGGAACGAGUUGGUAUCCGAGAAGGAGAAUCCUAUCGCUAAAUUCAUGUCGUAUUUCAAGGGGCCAAUUCUAUAUGUCAUGGAAUUGGCGGUCCUCCUUGCUGCAGGCCUGAAUGACUGGAUCGAUUUUGGUGUUAUUAUCGGUAUCUUGUGUUUGAACGCUACCGUUGGUUGGUACCAAGAAAAACAAGCCGCAGAUGUCGUCGCAAGUCUGAAGGGAGACAUCGCAUUGAGAACGACGGUUGUACGGGAUGGACAAGAGCAAGAGGUCCUAGCUCGAGACCUCGUGCCAGGCGAUGUGAUAGUUGUAGGGGAGGGCAAUGUUGUCCCGGCUGACGCCAAGGUUAUUUGCGAUUACAAUGAUCCCAACGGCUUCGAGGAAUUCAAGAGGAUGCAAGCAGAAGGAUUUCUUGAUGAGUCAUCUUCUGAAAGCGAAGAUGAAGAAGGGGGACAGAAAGAAAAGCAAGAAGGAGACCAAGAAGGAGCCGAAGAUGCUGGCAAAGAGGACGAGGAGCGUCCGAAACGGCGCGGGUAUCCGAUUGUGGCGUGCGAUCAUUCUGCCAUUACUGGAGAGUCUCUCGCCGUUGACCGAUACAUGGGCGACCCCAUUUUCUAUACGACUACCUGCAAGCGCGGGAAAUGUUACGCGGUAGUUCAGACAACGGCGAAAACAUCUUUCGUUGGGCGUACGGCAACCAUGGUACAAGGUGCUGCUGGGGCAGGCCACUUCGAGAUGGUGAUGAACAAUAUAGGAACCUCUCUUCUCGUCCUAGUUAUGGCAUGGAUUUUGGCAGCAUGGAUUGGAGGCUUUUACCGACAUAUCCCUAUCGCCGACCCACCACAGCAAACUUUACUUCACUACACUCUAUCUCUGUUGAUCAUCGGAGUUCCUGUGGGUUUGCCUGUUGUAACAACCACUACCAUGGCGGUGGGAGCAGCCUACCUUGCUCGGCGGAAGGCCAUAGUGCAGAAGCUUACAGCCAUCGAGUCUCUAGCAGGUGUCGACAUUCUCUGUUCCGACAAAACUGGUACUCUUACUGCUAAUAAACUGAGCAUUCGCAACCCGUACGUUGCGGAAGGUGUCGAUAUCAAUUGGAUGUUUGCAGUGGCUGUACUGGCAUCUUCUCAUAAUAUCGACACGCUAGAUCCGAUCGAUAAAGUCACAAUUCUUGCGCUCAGGCAAUAUCCAAAAGCCAGGGAGAUACUUCGACGUGGUUGGAAGACCGAAAAGUAUAUCCCUUUUGAUCCUGUAUCCAAACGAAUCGUCACAGUUUGUAGCUGUGAGGGUGUUAGAUACACAUGCACAAAGGGCGCCCCAAAGGCGGUUCUACAACUAUCCAAAUGUUCAAAGAAGGUGGCAGAUCUAUAUAGGGAUAAAGCACAAGAGUUCGCCCAUCGUGGAUUUCGCUCUCUCGGUGUCGCCGUUCAAAAAGAAGGAGAAGAAUGGACUCUUCUUGGCAUGUUGCCAAUGUUUGACCCGCCUAGAGAGGAUACAGCUCAAACGAUCACUGAAGCUCAAAAUCUAGGUAUCAGUGUCAAAAUGCUCACGGGUGAUGCCAUUGCCAUUGCUAAGGAGACAUGCAAGAUGUUGGCUCUGGGUACUAAGGUCUACAAUUCAGAUAAGCUGAUCCAUGGUGGCCUUAGCGGCGCUAUGGCACAUGACCUCGUCGAAAAAGCAGAUGGCUUUGCUGAAGUAUUCCCGGAGCAUAAAUAUCAAGUUGUUGAGAUGCUCCAGCAGCGAGGCCACUUGACUGCAAUGACAGGUGACGGAGUUAAUGAUGCACCAUCUUUGAAGCGAGCAGAUUGCGGUAUAGCUGUGGAGGGUGCCUCAGAAGCGGCUCAGUCUGCUGCUGAUAUUGUCUUCCUAGCACCUGGCUUAUCUACUAUUAUUGAUUCGAUCAAGGUUGCCCGUCAGAUUUUCCACCGCAUGAAAGCAUAUAUUCAAUAUCGCAUUGCUUUAUGCUUGCAUCUGGAAAUUUACUUGGUGACGUCCAUGAUCAUUCUUAAUGAGAGCAUUCGAGUAGAGCUGAUAGUUUUCCUUGCUCUAUUCGCGGAUCUUGCCACUGUCGCAGUUGCAUAUGAUCAUGCAUCAUAUGAAUUGCGGCCGGUGGAAUGGCAGCUUCCUAAGAUAUGGGUAAUAUCUAUCAUUCUUGGUCUUUUGUUGGCCAUGGGAACAUGGGUAAUUCGUGGGUCGAUGUUCCUUCCCUCUGGGGGCAUUAUCCAGAACUGGGGAUCUAUUCAGGAAGUCUUGUUCCUCGAGGUUGCUCUCACCGAGAAUUGGUUGAUUUUUGUCACCAGGGGAUCUGAUACAUGGCCAUCCGUCCACUUAGUCGGAGCGAUUCUGGGAGUGGAUGUAAUCGCGACGAUCUUCUGUCUUUUCGGUUGGUUCACCAACCAGACGAUGCCGACAAUUCCGCACGAUUCGUAUGUCGAAACCCGCAAUGGAUGGACGAAUAUUGUCACUGUGGUCCGCAUUUGGGGUUAUUCCCUCGGUGUGACCAUCGUCAUUGCGCUCGUGUACUUUGUCUUGAAUAAGGUCCAGUGGCUCACUGAUCUGGGCAGAGCCAAGAGAACCAAGGGGGACAUCAAGAUGGAGAACCUUCUGGCUCACCUCGCCAGAUUAACGCUUGAGCACGAGAAGGAAGGAGAACCGAAGGGGAGAUAUUAUAUCACAACAGCGAAAGAGGAAGAGGAGGCAGACUGA